ACACCAUAACCAAAACUCAAUCGAUUUCAGAUGGGCAGACCAUAGUUUCAUCUGGUGGAAACUUCGAAUUGGGAUUUUUCAGCCCUGGAAAAUCCAAGAAUCGGUAUGUGGCGAUAUGGUACAAGAAAAUAUCAAUCAUGACACCAAUAUGGGUUGCCAACAGAGAAAUCCCACUCACCGACACAUCAGGCGUGUUAAAAGUCGUUAAUCCUGGAAUUCUCACACUUGUCAAUGGCACCGGUGAAGUUAUAUGGUCUUCCAAUACUUCAAGUUCGGCGCACGAUCCAAUUGCGCAGCUUUUGGAAUCGGGUAAUCUUGUGGUGAGAAAUUCUAAUGAUGGUAAUCCUGAGAAAUUCCUUUGGCAAAGUUUUGACUAUCCUGCAGACACGUUCUUGCCAGGCAUGAAGCUUGGAAAGAAUUUUUUAACUGGCCACGAUCGCUACUUCACAUCAUGGAAGAGCAAUGAUGAUCCGGCUACAGGGGUUUACACGUUCCGGUUUGAUAUUCGCGGAUACCCACAAAUGAUUAUGAUGGAUGGUUCUUCAGAGAACUACCGGUCUGGACCCUGGAACGGCCUUGGUUUUAGUGGGAUAACAUACUUGAAGCCGAACACGAUUUUCAAGUAUGAUUACAAUUUUAGUAAGGAGGAAGUGUAUUACACUUACGAGCUCAUCGACAAAUCAGUUAUUUCAAGAAUCGUGUUGAAUCAGAGUGGCCAUAUGGAGCGGUGGACAUGGUUGGAUAGAACACAGGAUUGGAAGCUUUACACGAGUGUACCAACUGAUAACUGCGAUACUUAUGCAUCGUGCGGUGCUUAUGGCAGCUGCAACAUUGGUAAUAACCCCGUGUGUGGGUGUUUGAAUAAAUUUAUGCCGAGGGACCCAAAGAAUUGGGAGAGGGGAGACUGGUCAAAUGGGUGCGUUCGGAGAAUUUCCUUGGAUUGUCAAAAUGGAGAUGGGUUCAUCAAGUAUUCGGGGGUUAAAUUGCCAGACACGAGGUUUUCAUGGUUUGACAUAAGCAUGACCCUGGAGGCAUGCGGGCAAAGGUGCUUGGGAAAUUGUUCUUGUAUGGCUUAUGCAACUUUGGACAUACGUGGAGGAGGAAGCGGUUGCUUGCUAUGGUUUAAUGAAUUGAUCGAUAUCAGAGAUUACAGGGAAGGCGGCGGCCAAGACGUCUAUGUGAGGAUGGCAUCAUCAGAAUCAGUUGGCUCCAAUGGGAAGAGAAGAGAUAGAAUCAUAGUGGGCUUGACAUUAACAAUUGGAAUGCUGCUGAUAUGCCUGAGCCUGGCAUUGUAUGUUUGGAGAAAGAAGCACAGGCAGCGCAAGAGAAAAGGAGUAGUGAGACAGAGAUCUAACAUUGACAGCAAUGAAAGCCAGAAAGAAGAUUUGCAGUUACCAUUGUUUGACUUAGGUGCAAUUGUAAAUGCAACUGAUAAUUUUUCAGAGAAUAAUAAGCUUGGAGAGGGUGGAUUUGGCUCUGUUUACAAGGGUUUGCUUGAAGGGGGACAAGAAAUAGCUGUGAAGAGGCUUUCAAGGAAUUCUAGACAAGGACUAGAUGAGUUCAAGAAUGAAGUUAUAUGUAUCGCUAAGCUUCAACAUCGGAAUCUUGUGAAGCUUCUGGGAUGCUGCAUUCAAGGAGAUGAGACAAUGCUAAUCUAUGAGUACCUGCCUAACAAAAGCUUGGACAUCUUUAUUUUUGAUCGAACCCGUGCCACAUUACUGGAUUGGACUAAGCGCUUCAACAUCAUCAAUGGCAUUUCUCGGGGGCUUCUUUAUCUUCAUCAAGAUUCCAGACUAAGAAUAAUCCAUAGAGAUCUCAAAGCUAGCAAUGUUCUGCUAGAUGUUGACAUGAACCCAAAGAUAUCGGACUUUGGUAUGGCUAGAAGUUUUGGAGGAAAUGAGACAGAAGCGAAUACAAACAAAGUAGUUGGAACAUAUGGCUAUAUGUCUCCAGAGUACGCAGUGGAUGGAAUUUUCUCAGUAAAAUCAGAUGUAUUUAGUUUUGGCGUUUUGAUGCUAGAGAUUGUUAGCGGGAAGAGAAAUAGAGGUUUCAUUCAUUCAGACCACCGUCUCAAUCUUGUUGGGCAUGCAUGGAGACUCUACAAAGAAGGAAAGUCACUAGAAUUGAUGGAUGGAUCUUUAAGGAACUCAUGUUAUGUAUCUGAAAUGUUGAGAUCGAUCCACGUGGCACUGUUAUGUGUGCAACAGUGUCCAGAAGAUAGGCCAAGUAUGUCAAGUGUGGUUCUGAUGUUGGGCGGUGAGGGUGCAUUGCCUAAGCCAAAACAACCUGGUUUUUUCACUGAAAGGAAUCCACUUGAAGCUGAUUCUUCUUCAAGCAGAGAUGCACCAAGUUUAGCUUCAGGCAAUGAAAUCACCAUUACGGUCUUACAACCUCGAUAGGGAAUGAAAAAGGCUUACAACAUAGAAACCGUUCAUAUAAUCAGACAAACAUGCCUAAGAUUUUAAAUUAAACAAUAGCCAUUCAUAGUUAUAUUGUACAAAUAGUGGUUCAUGGCUAUAUGGAUGGUGGUUACUUAAAGUAGUUUUUUCUUACAUUUUUUUUCUUUAAAUUAUGAAUAGUCAUUUAUGGCAAUAUUGUAAGGUAUCACCAACAAAUCAAAGAAUUGAUUUCUAUCAUUUCUUUUAUUUUACAUUUUUUCUAUAAAUAAUCAUUCAAGA